AUGAGUGUUGAAAAUAGAUUUGCUAGAGAUACCAACUACAUAUUUUUCAGUCAAUAUUUAACAGAGCUCAAUAGCGUGAUUUCAAACGUUCAGAUAUCUCUUAGAAAACAAUGUCCUUUUUCGAAAGAAGGCAAGAAAGUUACAAGAGAAAUGCUUUGCAACAAGGAAACCUUAAAAGAAUUAUUUAAGAAAGAUGAAGCUAUAAAAUAUUUAAAACCUAUUCGUGGAACUCCUCCCUAUUGGCAAAGCUCACAAAAAGAUAUAUUUGCAAUGAUAAGACAGUUAGGAGUCCCCACAUUCUUCUGUUCUUUUUCUUCUGCAGACUUCAGAUGGUCCGAAAUUGUAAACACAAUUUUAAAACAGCAAGGUGACAUGAGAAAUUGUGAAAAUAUGACAUGGGAUGAAAAAUGUAAAGUUCUUUGUAGCAAUCCUGUUACAACAGUAAGAAUGUUUGAUCAAAGAUUUCAUUUGUUUCUGAAGAAUGUUGUCAUGUCAGAAGCUGAACCAAUAGGAAAAAUAAUCGACUAUUUUUACCGAGUUGAAUUUCAACAAAGAGGUUCUCCCCACACACAUUGUUUAUUUUGGGUAGAAAAUGCUCCAAAAUUUGGCGAAGAUGAUAUUGAUGACGUUAUUACCUUUAUUGACAAGUAUAUAACAUGUGAGAUACCAGAUGAACAGAAAGACAAAGAAUUGCAUGACAUUGUUAUGGCAGUACACCAACACAGCAAAAAACAUUCAAAAUCAUGCAAGAAAAAGGGAACAGUAUGUCGUUUUAAUUUCCCCAGACCUCCCUCAACUAGAACAUUUAUCUCAGAACCAAGUGAUCCAGAUCAAGAUUCAGAGGACGACGAAAAAUUAGCAAAGGAAAUAUUGUCCGACUUAUGGGAAGUUAUAAAAAAGCAUGAAGAUGAAAACUUAGAUGUUUCUGAAAUUUUCAAGAAGAUAGGACUAACUCAAGAAAGCUUUGAAACAUAUUAUCGUUUUAUCACCAAUCGCAAUACAGUAGUUCUCAAACGUCAGCCGAAUGAAAUAUACACCAAUCAGUAUAAGCCACAUCUUUUGAGGGCUUGGGAUGCAAACAUGUACAUACAAUAUAUUUUGGAUGCAUUUUCCUGUGUUGUAUAUAUUAUAAGUUACAUAAGUAAAGCUGAGCGAGAGCUAGGAUUACUUCUCCAACAGACUAAAAAUGAAGCAGAAGAAGGAAAUCUAAAUGCUCAACAGACUAUGAAAAAAGUUGGAACUUCAUACUUGCACCAUAGAGAGAUAAGUGCACAAGAAGCAGUGUUUAGAGUAACUGGAUUGAGAUUAAGAGAGUGUUCAAGGAAAGUAGAAUUUAUACCGGUGGGUGAAAAUCCAUGUAGAAUGAGCAUUCCUUUGAAAGACCUGGAGAAACAACAAAGUUGUAAGUCUUCAAAAAGAAAAAGGCAUAAUAGUGACAGUGAAGAUGAAGAUGAAGAUGAAAAUAGUACUUGGAUGAACAACAUUGUUGAUAGAUAUAAAGGUAGACCACACAUUGAUAUCUUUAUCAAAUUGUGUCUUGCAAGAUUCACUUCUGAAUACAGUGUUAUACUAGAAUCACAAUUACCACAGAAAAUUAAUAAAGACACAACCUUCAAACUUGAUGGCUCACUUGGAUAUAUUAGAAAACGCACAAGAACUUCACCUGCAGUUAUAAAAUAUCCACGUUUCUCUCAGGAGAAUUCCCCAGAAAAAUAUUAUCAAAGCAUUUUGCAACUGUAUUUGCCAUACAGAUAUGAUGAACAGUUGAAACCACCGCAAUUUCAAACUUAUGAGAAUUUCUUCACAUGUGGAAAAGUUAAGUUUCAAGGUGAUAACACAUUAAGUUCUGUGAAAGCAAUUGUUAUCAAAAACAUGUCAGACUUUGUGAAAAAUGGUCAUGAUUUAGAGGAAGCAGAAAAGCAAUUUCAUGAAAAAGAUCCUAAAGAAGAUGCUUGGUGUGAGUUAUGCCCAGAAGCAGAAGUGAAUAGAAGAGAAUGUAUAGAUGAAGGUAAAAUAUCUAGUGUGAUUGAGGAGGAUUUAUCAAUACCAGAUUUGAAUAAUGAAACGAGCUCAUCAUCUGUUGGAACUAAUUUGCUGUCUGUUUCUCUCACAAAAAAUGAAAUUAUUCCAAGGCUUAGGAGUUUGAAUUUGAAACAAAGAAGAAUUCUAUAUAAAGUUAGAGAUUGGUGCAUUCAGAAAUCAAAUGGAAAAACACCAGAGCCUUUACAUUUAUUUCUAACUGGUGGAGCAGGAACGGGUAAAAGUCACUUGAUCAAGUGUAUUCAAUAUGAAGCAACUCGAAUAUUAGCACAAACAACAAAUAAUCCAGACGAUCUCACAGUUCUGUUAACAGCUCCAACUGGAACGGCUGCAUUUAAUAUCAAUGGGUUGACAAUUCAUAGUGCUCUUGGAAUUUUCAAAUCACUCUCACCUGAUCAUGCAACUCUAAGUGAAGACAAAAUUAAUUCACUCAGAACAAAGUUAGAAAAUGUGCAAAUAUUGAUAAUUGAUGAAAUUUCAAUGGUCAAUAAGAAAUUGUUGUUUUUCGUUCAUGAGCGACUUAGACAAGUUAAAAAAAGACCAGACAAUUGUUUAUUUGGAGGUGUUUCAAUAAUUGCUGUAGGCGAUUUUUAUCAGUUACCGCCUGUUCGAACAAAAAGGGUAGACAAAUUGUAUGUAGACGAUCCUUCUAAUCCCUCAAAUCAGCUAUGGAAUGGCUUGUUUGAAAUUGCAGAGUUGGAUGAAAUAAUGCGUCAACGUGAAGAUGGAAUGUUUGCUGAACUACUAAAUAGAUUGCGUGUUAAGCAGAAAAAUGAAAGUUUGUCAUCAUCUGAUCAAGAAGCAUUAAAACACUGCUUUGGUGAUAGCCCUGAUGAAGCAUUGCACAUAUAUUCUACAAAUGCAGAGGUUGAUAACUUUAACAAGGAGAUGAUAAUGAAGCUAUGUACAGAACCAAAACUAGUUGAAGCACAAGAUUUUCAAAAAGACAAAACUUCCGGGAAAUUGACUCUGAAAAAAAAUCAUUAUUCUAAGUCUGAUGCUAGUCUUCCGAUAUCUAUUCUUCUAUCUGAGGGAGCAAGAGUAAUGCUUAUUAAAAAUGAGGACACAUCAGAUGGUUUAGUAAAUGGUGUAAUGGGAACUGUUAUAUCUAUCAAAGACUACUCACCGAAUUCCCUCCCAAGUACAAUAUAUGUUCACUUUGACAAUGAAAGAGUAGGAAGAAAUGCAAAGGUACAAAAAAUCAUUAGUGGAAAACGCUGUGUUGGAUUGAAACCUUCAAGUGAAGACAUUCCUUUACGCAAUUGUUUACGAAAACAGUUUCCAUUGAAGUUAGCAUGGGCUUGCACAAUUCACAAAGUUCAAGGAUUAACAGUUGAAGAAUGUGUUGUUGAUUUGAAUAAAUGUUUCACAUAUGGUCAAGCAUAUGUAGCCCUUAGCAGAGUUACCUCAAAGUCUGGUCUUCACAUUGAAAGCAUAGAAGCUGAAAAAAUUGACAAGAAAAUCUUCUGUGAUCCGGAUAUUGUAAAGGGUGUUUCAGAAAUGACUGAUUUUUUGCCUGAAAUUGAGAAUGAAGAACAGGAACAUACAAAAUCUUUCCAGAUAAUGUAUCACAAUAUUCAAGGUUUACAGACUCAUGCAGAAGAUAUGAAACAAAAUCCAGACUUCAGAAGUGCUGAUUAUAUUUGUCUAACUGAAACUUGGGCAAAUCAAGAAUUGAGUUGCUUUGAAAUGAUGGGGUAUGAUGGUUUUCAUUUGCCUAGAUCUCUGGCUUUCGAAGAUAACAAUUCAUAUUAUUCCUUUUUAAAGGAAAUGCAGCAUGGUGGUGUAGGGUUUUUUUACAAGUUUUCUGCGGAAACUGAAAUAUGCAACUUGACCUCAAACUUGGAAUGUAUAGUUUUCAAGAUAACAAGUAAAAAUAUAUUUGUUGCUACUGUAUACAGAACUCAGAGGUAUAAUCUAGGAAAAUUUUUGGAGAACAUGGAGAUGUUAAUCUGUAAAUUGGAAGAUUUAUCAGAAAAAAUUGUUGUAAUAGGUGAUUUUAAUCAAGAUAUUUUGAAAGGUGGUUGUACAGUAUUUAAUUUCAUGUCAUCAAAAGGUUUCAGACAGCUUGUAAGUAGUCCAACAACAGAAGGUGGAACUCUUAUUGAUCAUGUGUAUGUGAAAGGAUGUCUUGAUACACAGGUUGUCAUUAUUCCUACAUAUUACAGUUAUCAUGAAGCACUGAAAAUAGUAAUUGCAAAUGACUGA